AUGUCAAUGGUGGAGCAACCCCACUCCACCUUUCAUGCUUUUCAUGCAAUGCUUUUGUGGAGUCUCGUGGGUGCCCUUGGGGCUCCGUCCUCCGGAUGGCCCACCUUUGAGACCGACUGUGGCCCUCAGCUCUUCCAAACGCACAUGGGGCGACACAAGCAGACCCGGCAGACCCAAUUGGGUGGAUGGCAACAACAUGCCUACUUUGUGGGUGCCAGCCACAAAACUGGGACCGAAAUGUUGCACAACAUCAUGCGGCGGGCUUUUGAUAUCCUAGGCGGCAUGGAUAGUUGCAACUAUGCCGGCGGAGGCGGCCCAUUGACUUCAAAGGCGCCCAGGCAUCAGGAUUGUCAUUUGCAUCCUGCAAGGAUUCGUUUCACUCAUCAUACCUCAGGUGACGACGUUCGAGAGCUGCGCGGUCUGACGGCCGGAGCAGGUGGCUUUCGUGGAGUGAUGAUGAUCCGAGAUCCUUUGGACAUGAUUGUCUCCUCUUAUGUCUAUCACCAUCGGGGUGCAGAGGCAACCACAGAGUUAGGUGUAAACAUGACAGAGAUGAACCCAGAGCGGGGGAUACCAGAGAUGGCGAAUCGCAUGUUCGACGUGAUUAGCACCAUGGUUGAUGCCUACAAGGUCAGGAAGCCGGACAUGAUGGCUGUUCGCUUCGAGACGAUCACUAGUAGUUCGCAGAGCUUCAAUCGGACGGUGCAGGAGAUCGUCCGCUUCAUGUUUCGGGACGAGAUUACAGAGAAGCAGAGACAAGCCAUCCUGGAUGACGCAGUUAAUGAAGACCUCAACCGUGGUGAUGAAAAUGGACUUGCUUUUCAAGAGCAUCCGCGCGAACGACCCGAUGCCGUAAAUGCGUUCAACCACACGAAUGAUGACGAAGAAAUGGUGGAGACCAGAAAGUAUUUGCCACUAGUGAAGCCUCACAUCUAUGCUGAGAUCCUGAGGCAACGAGUUCUUUGUGUGUCUCAUCUGGGCGGAUGUGCUGGGAUGGGAACUUUAGAGAUCUCCGCUGUGUUCCUUUUUUUAGGAAAUCGCGGGUACGAAUGCUUGCAAGCGCCGUACUUUGCCGGAGCUCAGCUGGCACACUUUGCGGAGCAGGGCGUGGUCCAGACCAUUUUUGGCCCUCCGGGGCUGCUGCUCUAUGGUGUGAAGUCUGUGGUGAUUCAUUUGAACUUCUCCCAGCAAGCCUUUGACUGGGUAGACUUGGGACGCGUCUUGGACAAGUGGCAAUUGUCCUGGGACGAGUUCGUGGACGCGUGCAUGUUAGCGGGCACUGAGUACUGCCUGACAUAUCCCUACUUGAACCUCAGCACCUUCCAGCCGCAGCAGCAGCAAGCACCUCGCUUCAACUUUGAUGCUGCUGUCUACAUCAUCAAACAAGCUCCAUUGAUCAACUGGAUGCAAACCUUCCCCACGGAUGAGAUGCGGACAGAUCAUGUGGAGGGCUAUUGCAUUUGCAAGGUCUUGGUGCAAAACUCUCCGGUGCUGCAUUUGCAAGACCAUGCCAUCCGCCCGUUGGGUGCCUGCAAACCCGGUGGCACACCGCCGGCUGUGCCUCAGGACUUUUCCUCCAUCAUGGGGCAGAAGCUGCCUCCCAGACUUUACUAUUUGAUGCUUCAUGGCAUCAUCUCACAUAAGUUGCCACAGGCCUUAGCCAAGGGUGAGUGGACGGACAAGUCUCAGCCAUUAGUCGAUACCCACGAGUUUCGGUCCUUACUGGCAGAUCUUCAGGAGUAUCGCCAGGUGGCCUUAGGCUUGGUGGCCCAGCAUUUGCAUCGCAGCUUCCACCAGAAGAAGAUCCUUUGUGCCGCGGCGAGCAAAGCAUUUUGGGAGCCCUCUGCGAUCCGUCAAGCGUUUGGCAGCGACGCCAGCUUACCACCAGAAGCGCGAGUCAUUCAGCCGGCCAUUGUGCAGGGCCUCCGCUGGAGGAUCAGUGGCUCAGCAGUGAAGGCAGAGAUGCAGAGACAAGGCGUGAGCAAGGUGGACUUCAGCUUUUGCUUAAAUUGGCAUUCCCACGAGUUCGAGAGUGAUGGUCCCUUGAUGCAAGGCAUUACCGACCAGGGAGCGCCGAGCUUUGAUGGGGACUUGCUGUCUUUGACGCUUGGAGAUGCCGCAGAAGGCACAUGUGCAGAUUCCGUGGUGUGCGAUCACCAUGCGCACCCCAUCCAACGACUGGUCAAGACCAGCGACGCGAUGUAUUUGAGGAAUGCCUUAGUGCACUUCAUUGUCUUGGAGAAAUUGGACUUGAUCAGCAAUGAGGAGAAGUUGCUUCAUUUCGAGAACACCCCGAGCGUCUUGACCGAGCCUUGCUUAACGGCGCUGGAACUGAUGAAGUUCGGGCAGCUGACGGGAGAUCCUUUCGAGGUCGCAGAAAGCUCGAAACCCUUCCCACAGGAGAUCAAGUAUCCCAGCAGCAGCACACUGGCGGCGAGCGACAGAGAUAAGGUUUGUGGCACGCUCUUGCUGUGUCGCGUGAUGUCACUGGUGCCAAUGCGCCUCAAGAACGUCAUGUGGGACAGCGAUGUGGACUUCGAUUUGGCCGCCUUCCAUGCACUAGUCCGUGCCUUGAAACGGACCCUGCGGCAAUUGGUCGAGGGGGCCCUCGCCCACGUCCUGCUGCCGGACUUGCAAAGAGUGAAGAUUCUGCCGAAGGGCUUCAUGUCCGCCACGCCCUUGAAGGACAGCUAUCCCAACACUCCCGCAGAGUUGCCCACCUUCAUGCUACCCAGGGCGUGCAUGGGUAUUCUGGUGCGAUAUUUCUUGGAGUACCAGGGGACCGCGGAGAGCUUCAAGACGGAUGUGACGAAGCGCUUCCCGUGCUGCGCCCAAGCCAUCGAGGACUUGCAGCUGGCCUUCACGUUUUGGCAAGAUUUGAAGCGUUGCGUGGACACAGUGGCAGAUCCUUUGGGUGCGGAAGACCUCUCCGAGGACAUGCGCAAAGCCAGCGAGAUCCUGCAGAGCCAGCGGCAGAAGUUGGGAAUUUGA